ACGCUGUAUUUUACUUUUUUGUUUCAUUAUUUAUGUUGUUUUAUGUUACAUUAUCUAUAUAAAUGUUGACUAUGGUUAACUUGACUUACUGCUUACCGUAUACUACAUAACCACUGUUACGUUUUAUCGCUUCAAGAUUUUUUUUUCGUUAUUUUUAUAUAAGAAUUUUGUUGAAACUAAAAUACUGAUUAAGGAUAGUUUGUAACUUAAUCUAAGUAGUAACCUAAUAAUUAAAAAGAGUACAUCAAUGCUUAAAGAAUAUUAAAAUUACAACUGUAAGCUGUCGUUAACAAAUUAUAAUGUCAUUUCCUCUAUCAUCCUCAAUUAUUAUUAGGCUGUUCGAAACAAAGAUUCAUAACUUGCAAAUAAAUAGAAAGUUUUACAACAGCUAUUUACUCACUAAAGCAGGUCAUUCAAAUAUGGUUGAUCCUAAAAGAGUUCUCAGCUAUGAGGAUAUGCUUAAAAUAAUUCAUCAACCUGAGAAGGUGAUUAUUGAUGUCCGUAGUCCAGAAGAGGUGAAAUCAACUGGCAAAAUACCUUCUAGCAUCAACAUACCAUUAAAUAAUAUGCAAGAUGCAUUAAUAACUAUGUCAGAAGAAGAGUUCAAGAAGCAAUUUCAAAGACCUAAGCCAUCUUCUUCAGAUGAGCUUAUAUUUUAUUGUCAAUCUGGUAGACGUUCCAGUGAAGCUCUUGACAAAGCACUUAAGCUUGGAUAUACAAAAUCUAAAACCUACCUGGGCAGCUGGAAUGAUUGGUCAAGUAAACAUAAAUAAAUAUAUUAUAUUAUUAAAUUAAUAAAUAAAACACAUA